CCAAAAUCUUUUUCCAUAACUCACCCUGCAUUUUGCAGGGUAGGGCCAAGGCAAAUAUUUGAAUUGAGCUUGAGCCUCAUUUAAAGGGAAGAAUGACAGAAGGUGUAAUCACCAUCAAGGACAACAGCAAAGCCCCCUUAAGAAAUGACAUUGGCGAUCAUGACAUGAUGAAUAAGAAGAAGAAGAAGCCGCCAGGUGUUUUCGGCUUCUUCAAAGCUGCAAUGUUCGUGUUGCGCCAUCGCAAUAAAGGGAAGCAGAAAGCUGCUCAGGUAGCUGUGUCCACCCAGCAGGGAGAUUGGAAGAAGCUGGUGGGCUCUAUGCGCCCUUUGCAUCUCCAGGACAACAAUAUUAAUACAUCACCUGCAUACUGUGCCACGUCAAUAUAUUCACCCUCAGCUUUGUCUUCGUCUAGCGGAACAAUGAGCCAGUACGCUUCCGCGAACGAUCUCAAAGCGCUGGAUGACACCAUGAGCCAGUACGCUUCAGCAAACGAUCUCAAAUCACUGGAUGUGGAUGUCCCUGCAGCCUCAUCCGGCACCAUGAGCCAGUAUGCUUCCGCAAAUAAUCUCCAAGAACUCGAUGAGGAGGAGGAAGAGGAGGAUCCUGACCAGGUCUUCGAUGCCAUUGGCGCUGACGACAUGAUCGAUGCCAAGGCAGAGCAGUUCAUCCUUCAGUUUUACCAACAAAUGAGGCGUCAAAACAUUGAUUCAAUGAGCGGCCAAUUCAAUUAAUCUCGUGCAAGGAAAGGGAAAAGCAAGGUCAACAAUAAAUAUACGUAAUAAUAAGGCUAGCGUACGUGGAAUAUUUAUGCAUAUUGCAUUGCAAGCACCGUAAAUUUGUCUGAUCCACGUGCAUCCAAUUAUACAUGUGUUAUAUGAAAUGAUGAUCU